UUUGGUGUCGCAAAGCUCCUGUUGGACGGCUACGGGGCUUCAAUGGAGUGCGAAAGCGAGACUGGCUGGUCGGCACUGCGAUCUGCCGCUGCCUAUGGUCACACAGAGAUACUCAACUACCUCCUCGGAAGGGGGGCCGAUAUCAAAGUCAGGAACAACGUUGGCUGGACCUGUCUGCACUCGGCGGCCGACGAGGGACACACGAGCGCGGUUCAGGCUCUCCUCGAUCAUGGGGCGAACCCGGAAGAUACUGCGUAUCAGGGGUGGACUGCCCUGACUCUCGCUGCCGACAAGGGCCAUCACGACACGGUCGAGCUCCUGCUCGAGAGGGGGGUUGACGUUGAGCAGUCGAGCGAGACCGGAUGGACAGCUCUUGUCUGUGCCGCCGACGGCCGCCAUUUAUACGCCUGCAAGGUCCUCCUGGGCCAUGGCGCCAAUCUCAUGGCCACGACUCAUGCCGGAUGGACUCCGAGCAUCAGAGCAGCCCAUUCUGGGGGGCUUCGGCUUUUGAACCUCUUUCUGCAGGUCCAUGGGCUUGACAUGGAUCAUCUCGACAACUGUGGCCGCUCGCCAUUCUUCCACGCCGCCAUGCGAGGGCAUGUGGGCAUCAUCAAGAAGCUUCUCCCAAUGACGCAGAUGGCCAACCACAGAGACCGUUAUGGGACAACGCCAAUCUUUGCCGCUGCCAGAAACGGCCACCGCCGCGUAGUAGAGCUUUUGAUCGAAGCGGGCUUGGCAAACUUUGAAGAAAGG